CCCUCCAGCUCCCUGCCCAAAACGUGGGUCCAGCACACGCUUCUCUCUUGCAUGAGGAUUUGCUGGAUGUGGAUUCUUGGUUAUCCAUUCCACUGGGAUGGAGAGAGCUGAGUCUAUCACCCUCUUCUGGAGCCGAGGAGCUGCAGCUAACUCGGGUCGGGAAAAUGCGACAGCGACUGCCCACUCGAGGUCGUCAUGGCGACAGCCAGUGAACGUGUUCCUCUCCUCGGGCAGGCCCCCGAGUGUAGAGGAGCUGCUUCGCGAGGCGCAGCUCAAUCUCCAGAGCCUGUUGCAAGAAGAAUAUGAGGAACAGUACUCGGAGGCCAGACUUCUGGGGCAGACCUUCCGCUCUUCUGAUGAGGCCCCUGAGCCCACCCCCAGCCCAAGGCCCCAGUCUGCCAGGCGUCUGGAGUUUGUAUUGAUGCCUACAAAACGACAGCUGAGCGAGGAUGAGACCACCACCCAGGGUGUGAGGGCCCCCGAGGCCUUGCCGGGCCUGCCUACCACAGCCGACAAGCAAACUGCCUGGAAUAGCCCCUUCCCUCUGCCUAUCCUAGAGGAGAAGCGGUGGCCUCAGCCUUGCUCCACGCAAUCUGACAUUGUGCCCAUCAACGUCUCUGGGCAGCAGUUUGAUAAACAUGCAAGUUUGCGACACUCGUUGUUUAACACAGAGACAGCCGUGAACCCUAAGUCCACCCUGAGGCGGAGGCGGACCAUUAUUGGAUUCUCUAACUUUUCCCAGCGAGACCAAGGUCACAGCAACAGCCCAGCAGGCAGUGUGGCCCACUGUACCACCUCUGACAUCAGGCCCAGUCACUCAGUUCUGGAAGGUGUUCAUGGAAGAGUUGCGGUUGGUCAGGAAGCUCGGUUCCCAAGUGUCACAUCACCAGUACUGAGAAAUCCUUCGAGUGAGCCAGAAGAACCUCCCCAGGCACGGAGUGGCCCAAACCCUCCUGGUAUGGAGAGCAUGGGAAUGGUGUACAGCAUCCCCAAUUCUUGCAAUGGACCCACAGAAUCGACGUUCUCCACUUCCUGGAAGGGAGAUGCUUUUACCUACAUGACUCCAUGUGCCACCAGCCAGAGAAAUCAAGUCAAUGAAAAUGGAAAACAUCCUUCCUCUGGGAAUUCUUGGGUCUCUCUGAACACACUCCCACCUCUGGUUCCUAAGGAGGCUGCUACCCUCUUUGUUGCUCGUGAUAACCCAGCAGGAUGCAGUGGGUUGUCUGGCUACUCUGAACACCCUACUCAACGAAGGCAAGUACCGGAAAGACCCUCCAAGAUUGGCCUUCUGACCGGUGCUACCUCAAAGCUGGAGACAGGCCCAGGUGGGGCCAGCAGAUUCCGGGAACGGUCACUGUCUGUGCCCACAGACUCGGGUACCACAGAUGUGGACUAUGACAAGGAGCAGAAGGCCAGUGAGGCCUGUGCCAUGCCUUAUGCCAGUACAAGUUCUGAGGGCAGCAACAGUGCUGACAACAUUGCCUCCCUCAGUGCCCAACAGGAGGCCCAGCACAGAAGGCAGAGGUCCAAGAGUAUCUCACUCAAGAAGGCCAAAAAGAAGCCUUCCCCACCAACGCGCAGUGUCUCACUGGUCAAAGAUGAGCCAGUCCUCUUGCCAGAAGGGGGAUCUGUGCUACCCAAGGACCAGAGGCCCAGGAGCCUUUGCCUCUCCUUGGAAUACCAAGGACAUCACUCGUCCCACCCAGAUGCUCAGGGUCACCCAGCUGUGCCAACCCUCAAAGAUCCGGAAGGUACACAAUUCUCCCACCACUGGUAUCUUACUGACUGGAAGUCUGGUGACACCUACCAAUCCUUGUCCAGCUCCAGCACUGCCACUGGCACCACGGUCAUUGAGUGCACCCAAGUUCAGGGCAGCUCAGAGUCUCUUGCCUCCCCUUCCACCUCCAGAGCCACUACACCUUCCCAACUCUCCAUCGAGGUGGAAGCCAGGGAGGUAUCCUCCCCAGGAAGGCCCACUGGGCUGAUGUCACCCUCCAGUGGCUACUCCAGCCAGUCGGAGACACCAACACCCACUGUCUCCAUGUCCUUGACCCUGGGCCACGUACCCCCUCCAAGCAGCAGCGUCCGGGUACGUCCAGUGGUACCUGAGAGGAAGUCAUCACUCCCCCCAACAUCACCAAUGGAGAAAAUUCCCAAGUCACGGCUAUCAUUUGACCUACCAUUGACCCCUUCAACCAACCUGGAUCUGUCUGGGAUGAGUAUCUCCAUCCGAAGCAAAACCAAGGUGAGCAGGCAUCACUCAGAUACAAAUUUCGGGGCCAAGUUGGCCCAGAAAACUAGUCCCAACCAGCCAAUCAUGCCCAUGGUUACUCAGUCUGACCUACGUUCUGUUCGCCUGAGAUCAGUCAGCAAGUCUGAGCCGGAAGAUGACAUUGAGAGCCCUGACUAUACUGAGGAACCCAGAGCAGAAGAAGUCUUCACCUUGCCAGAGAGAAAGAUGAAACCUCCCAUAGCUGAGAAGCCUCCGCUGGCUCGAAGACCUCCAAGCUUGAUCCACAAGCCACCAUCUGUCCCUGAGGAGUACCCACUUACUUCACCUACCUUGACUAUAACCCCCAAGAGCUCAAUUCAACACGUGAGACCACUCUCUCAAGACAGCUACAUGGUGGUGCGGAAACCAAAGUCCUCCAGCUUCCCCAAUGGCAGAAGCCCAGGCGAGUCGACAGCACCCUCGUCUGUUGUUUUCAUGCCUUUUGCCAGUUCCUCUGGUGCUUUCUUCUCAGGAACCCAGCAACCUUCCCAGGGAAGCAUGGAGGACGAGGGCCCCAAGGUGAGAGCCCUCCCUGAUAGAAUUAGCCUCCAGAGCCAAGAAGAAGCUGAGAAAAAGAAAGGCAAGAUUCCACCUCCUGUGCCAAAAAAGCCCAGCGUGUUGUACCUGCCUCUUACCUCCCCCACAGCCCAAAUGGAGGCCUACAUGGCAGAACCAAGGCUGCCUCUCAGCCCCAUCAUCACCCUGGAGGAAGAUGCCAAGUGUCCCCGCACCGGGGAUGGUGAAAGGGCUACUUCAACUCCACAGGCUGACAGUGAAAAGGAGGCAAGCCCUCUGGGGAGUUCUGUGGAAUCAAGUACCGAAGAAAAAAGUUUAAUCAGUGAUAAAACAGCCGAAUGGAUUGCGGAGGAUGAUGAUGACGUCUUUGUGGCUUCACGCACAACUGAAGAUUUAUUUACUGUGAUACACAGGUCCAAGAGAAAGCUGCUCGGCUGGAAGGAGCCUGGUGAGACCUUUGCCUGCAGCAGACAGAGCUCCCACUCGCCGAUAAAGAACACAGCUGAGUCUCCGAUCAGUGAGUCGGCUGCCACCGCAGGGUCGGGCGGCAGCGCCAACCUAGAUGCUGGCAGAAACGAUGAUUUCAAGGCCUUGCUACAAAAGAAGGGAAGCAAGGCAACUCUGAAGUCCCGCCCCUCAGCAGCCGAACUGCUGAAGACCACUAACCCACUGGCUCGGAGAAUUAUUGCACAAUUUUCAAAAGACUAUGAAACCACUGAUAACCCCAGUACCUAAGCACUUAGUUCAACAAGCGGGGUUUACUUACUAAACUUGGGUAGAGAAGGGGAAAGAGAAAAGGUUUUAAAAAGGAACCUUGGGAAUAACGACAGAGCCUACAUUUCUAUCACAUUAACUCACACUCUGGACGGCAGGAGAGAGGCCACUUCAUCUAAAGCUAAAGUCAUCAGGCACUUAAUCAUCUACAGACACUUUACAUUUUCAUACUUACAGUCUUGCCUGGACUGACUCCCGAGUUUCUUCUUAUUUUCCCCCAGUGGUGCGCACAAACUAAGAAGUUCUCAGAUGUGAGGGCACAUGUGCCACCUUUUCAGUCAAUGACCUGGCUGCUCCAUCCUUGGCUCCUGUCACUGAGGAGCUCAGUGUAGGAGGAGAUUGGAGGCUGCCAAGCCUGGGGGGCGUAGGGUGCCAUUACUGAUAGCUCCCUUUCCUGGGGAGGCCCUGACAGCCCUGUGUGGAGAGACAGAAAGACUAAGACUCUAAUGCCUCCUCAGCCACAGUUUAACUUCCCUCCACCUAUGAGAGGUUUGCAGGUGUGCACUUAUUUCGGCAUGGGGUUGAUUGGAUGGCUUUUGUGGUGCAGAAUAUGAAUGUGACUCUGUCCUGAAACUUCAUGCCUUUUUCAGCUUGAUUGUCUACACGGAGAUCAGGGUGAUGAGUUUCAAUAAAUAUAUAGACCCCCCCCCAUUCGUUAGAAAAGGCCUGGACCAGGUUGCUUUGGAUUAACCAAGCUCAGCCAACAAACGAGACAGUCAUUUGUUCACUCAGAUCUAGCCAAGGUAACUCGCGCGUGCGACUUGAGAUCCUUCAAGAGUCUGCCAACAGCGGUAGCCAGGAUCUGUGCCCAGCUCAUGCUGUAUUCUAAGAACUCUCAUUUCAUCUGCAUAUAACACUCAUUACAGGAAGUAAUUAGCUGAAGGAGCAGCAGCAUCAAAGGCUCAAGGAGGAUAGAAAGUAAGUGCAACUUGCCCCUCACCAUUCAAUUCAGAUCGUGGUUUGUGGUUGGUUUUGUUCCAAAAACCAAGAACAUUUAAACUAAAAGGAUCUAUCCAAAAUCUAAAAGGCAGCCUUGCAAGUUGCUAUGGCCCAUAACACCAAAAAAAGGGCUACUUUUUGUCAUUUAGGUUCUGCUGUUUGACCAACUUUCAAUUAACUGUGCUGGGGCACAGUGUAAGACUUGGGGAAAUGGGAUGCUGAAAGACCUCCAGGACAGCCACUGCGAUCCCUCCUCCCCAAAGCUUAUAGGCGCUAACUAUUCUUGUCAGCUCAAUUUCCUAAGCAGAGCAAGAGCAGUGACUCAUUUGAUCUUCAUAUGCUUGAUUUCUGAGAGGUUGGGGGGAAGACAGACGAAGCAUUGAACAAAGAAAACCUGCUGACCAGUGAUGGCAAGCUAAUUGUCUACCAUCCCAAGAGACAAAAAGAAAAGUCAAGUGAAAUUGUAGCCUGCCUCACAAAGAGAGUUCCCGGACCCCUUCCUACUUCACCCCCCACCCAACAGAUUCAUUGGUCAACCUCCUGGAGGAUGCAGUAAGAGUUCCAGAGACAAGCAGAUCUCAAUUUCUAUAGGUCGUGUUGUUCACCAAUGAGAAGCAAGCUCUUAGCUCAACUGCCCGCACUCCAGCCAGACAGAGCAGCCGAAAAACAGCACCGAGUACUGAGAAGAUUGGGGCCUCUCACACAGAGAAACUCCAGGCCUAGGCCCUCGGUUGGUACAGUUCUGAAUUCGAGACUUCUGGGAACAGGCCAGGCCUACCAGCUCCCUUGCAAUCAGCACUUCCUCUGAUUUAGAAAGAAACCAAAUAAAAUAAUAAACAGCUAGCGAAAGCCCAGUUGCUUUUGAAAGUAUUAGAACUACUUGGUUUGAAGGUCCUCAACAAAUUUAAGGAAUUUUUGCCUGAAAUAAAAUAGAUUCAUCCCUGGCCUUAGUUUAUAUAUGAAUUCCACCUUGUCUGCCCCAGACUCAGAAUUCCAAGACAGAAACCUUUUCCUCUAUAGGGAAAUGAAGGAGUGUUUGUGCUUUUACUUAACAAAAGUGAAAGGCUGCCAGGGCCUGCUCCUUGGGAACCAUUACGACUAGCUGAACUCUAAAGCUGAGUAUGGGACUCGUACUUUAGGACUUGUUACUUCUGCUCAUUUUUCUGGAAGUUUCUUGUUUACUACUUCUAGUGGGUUUUGCCUCUCCCCUCACCUUGCUACCUCUGGAGGUUUCCCCCAAUAUUCUAAAGCUGAACGCCCACUUUUCUGUUUUUCAAUUACCUUGAUUCUUGCUUUUUUCUACAAUACUCUGUAUGCCCUGAAUCUUUAGAACAUCUAAAUCGUCACUAUGGCCCUCAAA